AUGGGUGCGUCACUGCGCGUCUCGAUUGUUUUACUUGGACUUUUGCUUAUCACCACCUGCUAUUCGGCAAGGAUUCCAAAUAAUUUCGAUCCACGUCUCACGGAUGAGAUAAUAGCGCCAAAGAAGAGACCGUUCUGCAAUGCUUUCACAGGAUGUGGUCGCAAAAGGUCAAUGAACCCUCCCGGAAUGCCUCUGCAAGGAAUGAUGCGAUCAAGACAGUUUGAAGAAGACAACUACGACACAGAUAACUCCUUAGAAGACCUUUCCCGCCAAAUUUUAUCUGAAGCAAAACUUUGGGAAGUGAUACAAGAAGCCAGCGCGCAAAUUGCCAGACGAAACCAAAAAGAAGCGUUACUUUAA